AUGAAGGAAUUCAUCCUCCUGGGCCUCUCAGAGAACCAAGGGGUGCAGAAAAUGUAUUUUGUGAUGUUCCUGCUUUUCUACACGCUCACAGUGACAGGAAAUCUUACAGUUCUCACUGUGAUGAGCAGCCGGCCCCUGAACUCCCCGAUGUACUUCUUCCUCUGCCACCUUUCCUUUGUAGAUGUUUGUUACUCCUCUGUCACAGCUCCCCAACUGAUUUCUGGCUUCCUGGUGGAAAAUAACACCAUCUCCUUUGCAGGUUGCAUAGGACAGCUCUUUGGGCUUCAUGGUUUUGGCUGCACAGAGGUUUUCAUCCUGACAGCCGUGGCCUACGACCACUGCGUGGCCGUCUGCCGGCCCCUGCACUACCCUGCGCUCACGCCCCAGCGCCUUUGUGGCCGCAUGGUGGGGGUCUCCUGGACAGGGGGCUUCCUGCAUUCCACCCUCCAGACCUUUCCCACUCUUCCCUGCUCCCUUUAUGGCCCCAAUAAAGUCACUCACUACUUCUGUGAUGUCCACCCCCUGCUCCCCCUGGCCUGUGCAGACACGCGUGCCAUGUCCCUGAGCUGCUUCCUCAUCCUGGUCACAUCCUACAUGGGAAUCCUGGCUUCCCUGAGGGGCCAAAGGCUGGCAAGGUGGCACAAGGCCCUGUCCACACGCGGGUCCCACAUCACUGUGGUGAUCCUGUGCCUUGGGCACAGCACAGUUGUUUACAUCCGCCCGUCCAGCAGCCUUGAGGACACAGGCACAGCCAUGUUCUACGUGCUCAUCACACCCAUGCUCAAGCCCCUGAUCUACACCCUCUGGAAUGGGGAGGUGAAGGGAGCCAUGAGGAAACAGUGCAGGAGGAAAGUGGGAAGCAGAAACAGGAAGGGCAAGAGCUGUGGUCAUGUUCUCAAAGGAUCGGAGAAAAUCAAGCACAUUUUGCUGUAA